AUGAAGCUCAUCAACGGUAUCAUAAACCAGUUCUUUUUGGCGGGCACCAUCCUCCUCUUGCUCUUCACGGUCUUGUCAGGCUCCAGCAAGCACUUCCCACUCAACCGUUUCUACUGGAUCCGUGCCAACACCUCUGGCAUCCAGGGCGCUCCCCAAGAGGGUGCCUGGACCUUCUGGGGUGUGUGUGAGUACGACGACUUCAGCCAAUGCCAGUCCGGUCCUGCCUACCCAAUCUCGCCAAGAGACAACUUCGACACCAGCCAGGGAGUUCCUCAAGACUUCAUCACCAACAGAAGCACCUACUACUACUUGUCACGCUUUUCCUUCGCAUUCACCCUCAUUGCGUUGGGAUUGUCUUCCGUGUCGUUCCUUCUCGGCUUUGUUAUGGUCACCCACAAGACCAUUGUGUUUACCAUCACCUUGGCAUUGAUUUUCGUGGCUGCCACUGCUGCCUUCCAGACUGCUGUGGUGGUGUUGGCCAGAAACGCCUUCAACGACGACAACCUCAAUGCGCACAUCGGGUUGAAGUCCAUGGCCAUCUUGUGGGCAUCGGUAGUCACCCUGCUCAUUGUGUGGGCUAACACCUUCUCUGCCAAGAUUGUGGCCUCCUACAGAAAGCACUUGGCCAACGUCAACGGUACCAGAGACCACGAAGUGCCUACCAGCGCUGGACCAGCCGGUGACGAGUCCUCGUUCACCAGAUCUGCGCCAGCCGCUGAAACCAAGGAAGACAACGGUGGUGGCAUCAGAUUCUUCAAGAUCAAGAGAAACCACAAGACUUCCGACGAAGAGAGCGUCUAG